AUGGUUAGAGUUGAAUCAGAGACUUACAAACGUUUACAAAAUGACCCUUCCUGUAUAAGGAAUAUUUGCAUUGUUGCGCAUGUCGAUCAUGGUAAAACUUCUCUUUCAGACUCGCUUCUAGCUUCAAAUGGUAUUAUAUCACAAAGACUAGCCGGUAAGAUCAGAUUUUUAGAUGCUAGGCCUGAUGAGCAAUUGCGUGGUAUCACAAUGGAAUCAUCGGCUAUUUCCCUUUAUUUUAGGGUUUUGCAUAAACAAGAAGGUUCGGAUGAGCCUUUGGUGAACGAGCACUUGGUAAACUUGAUAGAUUCCCCAGGACAUAUUGACUUUUCUAGUGAAGUUAGUGCGGCAUCCAGAUUAUGUGAUGGGGCUGUCGUAUUAGUCGAUGUCGUUGAGGGGGUGUGUUCCCAAACAAUCACUGUGCUAAGACAAUGCUGGACUGAAAAAUUAAAGCCUAUUUUGGUUUUAAAUAAAAUUGAUAGAUUAAUAACUGAGCUACAACUUACCCCUCAAGAAACUUAUAUCCAUUUAUCGAAAGUCAUUGAACAAGUUAACUCCGUUAUCGGUUCUUUUUUCGCCAACGAAAGACAACUGGAUGAUUUAUCUUGGAGAGAACAAUUAGAACAAAAUGAAAACGCUGAAUACAUUGAGAAAGAUGACUCAGGAAUUUACUUUAACCCUAGCGAUAACAACGUUAUCUUUGCAUCUGCUGUAGAUGGUUGGGGUUUCAACAUCGGACAAUUGGCCAAAUUCUAUGAACAAAAACUAGGUGCUAAGAGAGAAAAUCUGCAAAAAGUUUUGUGGGGUGACUUCUAUAUGGAUCCAAAAACAAAGAAAAUCAUCAAUAGUAAGGGCCUAAAAGGAAGAUCCCUAACACCUCUCUUUACGUCCUUGAUCCUCGAAAAUAUAUGGAAGAUUUAUCAAAAUGUAAUCAUAUCAAGAGAUUCUGACAUGGUCGUGAAAAUAGCAAAGACUCUAAAUAUCAAGCUUCUACCACGUGAUCUAAGAUCAAAGGAUGACAAGCAAUUAUUAAGAACAAUUAUGGGACAAUGGUUGCCCGUUAGCACAGCAGUGUUACUUACAGUCAUCGAAAAAUUACCUUCACCUUUAGAAUCACAGACUGAUCGUUUGGAUACUAUUCUGGCUUCUGAAGCAGACGCUGCAGACAUGGAUCCCAAACUGUUGGAAGCGAUGAAGACGUGCGACAGGGAAGGGCCAGUAAGUGCAUAUGUAUCUAAGAUGCUUUCUAUUCCGAAAGAAGAACUGCCUGUUGAAACUAAUAGGGAAGUUUCGUCCGAUGAACUGAUGGAAAGAAGCAGAAAAGCACGAGAAGAAGCAUUGAAUGCUGCAAAACAAGCAGGUAUAGUAGAAAACAUGGCGCAGAUGGAUUUGAACGACAAUACCAAGGAUGAUGGCGAUUUUUAUAAAAGAGCAAAGGACACCGUCACUACUCCAGAAAUGGGAGAGCAACCAAAACCAAAACCCUUGGUUAACAACGAUAUCUUUCAUGUCGUUUCGGAGCCUGCUCCGGCUUUAGAUUUAGGCUUUGACUAUGAGGAAGAUGAUGAUGCUAAUAUCCAAGAUAAUUUCGGCUUAGACUUCGUACCAACCGAUAUAGACCCAAAUGACCCCCUAAGUUCCAUGUUUGAAUACGAGGAAGAAGGCACAUUUGCAAAUGAAGUCCCCCAAGCUUUAGAAGAUGUGAAUAUUGAAGAAGAUGAUAUAUUUGAUGAAAAGGAAGAAUCGCUGGUAGCGUUCGCAAGAAUAUAUAGUGGAACAUUAAGGGUUGGCCAGGAAAUUUCAGUAUUGGGUCCUAAGUAUGAUCCAAAACGUCCCGACGAGCACAUUGAGACUGCAGUUAUUACACAUUUAUAUCUGUUUAUGGGUAAGGAAUUGGUUCCUUUGGAUGUUUGCCCAUCAGGCAACAUCGUCGGUAUUCGUGGUUUAGCCGGUAAAGUUUUGAAAAGUGGUACUUUGGUGCAAAAGGGUGUUCAAGGUGUCAAUUUAGCGGGGGUUAAUUUCCACUCUACUCCAAUCGUUCGUGUUGCAAUAGAACCAGCUAAUCCUGUUGAAAUGAGUAAACUGGUACGUGGAUUAAAAUUGUUAGAUCAAGCGGACCCUUGUGUGCGCACAUACGUUGAGAACACGGGUGAACAUAUUUUAUGUACUGCCGGUGAAUUGCAUUUGGAAAGAUGUUUGAAGGAUUUGACAGAAAGAUUCGCGGGAAUCGAAAUCACACAUUCAGAACCUGCGAUCCCAUAUAGAGAAACAUUCUUGUCCGUUUCCGAUAUGAUUUCACCAAAGAAUGCGCAAUUGGGGAGGGGCGUUCAUCAAUUGCUAUUGGGUCAAUAUAGGAUUACGUUCAGAACAAUCCCAUUGAGCGAUAAAAUUACAGAAUUUUUGUCUCAACAUCAAAACAGCAUUAAAAAUAUUCUGAAAACCUCCACCUCAAAUAUCGACCCUAUCAUUGAAACAACUGGAGGUGCUCUUUUAGAUAAUAACUCAUUCUUAGCUGCGUUUGAAGAUGUAAUAUCUAAGGACGGAAAGAGCGGAGAUCUUCUAAAAGGGUUCAAAUCAAGGUUGGCAGGCCUAGGGCCCAACAGGGUUGGUUGUAACAUUUUGUUAUCAGACGAUAAUCUCCUUGGUAGUCUAUUUGAAGGUACUCCAGCAGCUUUUGAAUAUUCAGACUCUGUCAAAAAUGGUUUCCAAUUGGCUGUUAGCGAGGGACCUCUGGCGAAUGAACCUGUCCAGGGAAUGUGUGUUAUUGUCGAGGGUAUUCAUAAAAUGUCACAGGAAGAGAUUGAAUCUAUUGAGGACACACAUUACCAAGAACAUAUUGUGGAUUUGUCAGGAAGGCUGAUAACAUAUACAAGAGACGCUAUACAUGAAGCUUUCUUAGAUUGGUCGCCAAGAAUUAUGUGGGCCAUCUACUCAUGUGAUAUCCAGACUUCUGUUGACGUCCUUGGGAAAGUAUACGCAGUUGUACUACAAAGACAAGGUAAAAUUAUAUCAGAAGAAAUGAAAGAAGGUACUCCAUUUUUUCAAAUCGAGGCCCAUGUGCCUGUCGUAGAGGCAUUCGGCUUAAGUGAAGAUAUUCGUAAAAGAACAUCUGGUGCAGCACAACCUCAAUUAGUGUUUUCUGGAUUUGAGUGUAUUGAUUUAGAUCCGUUUUGGGUUCCAACGACAGAAGAAGAGCUGGAGGAACAGGGUGACACGGCAGAUAAAGAGAAUAUUGCUCGUAGGCAUAUGAAUGCCAUCAGAAGAAGAAAAGGUUUAUUCAUUGAAGAGAAAGUUAUUGAAAACGCCGAAAAACAGCGUACUUUGAAGAAGAAUUGA